AUGAAUGGCUCCAGAGACAUCAAAGAGCCGCAGCCUACUCGGAGAGCCGGCUGUCAGUUGCAGUUCACGGAGAGCGGGUCAUAUCCACGUCCCUCCAUCGGAGCUCGGCAUGAUGGUGAUUUCUACCCACAGAAGGUGGCGGUGCCGCGGGGGUUGACGGACAAGACGACCCUCUCGAGCCUCACGCUAAAAACAUACGUGCGAGUCGGCUCUUGUAGCUUCCGCGUCUGCCUGCGCAAAUCCCGCAACGAGUUCGGACAUUCUCACUUCCACAGACUGUUGCAGUUCCUUCUCCAUCUGUUAUUCUUGUCAUCUUUACAGAGCUGCUGGAGAGUGAAGCAGCACACAGCUGACCUGAUAAAGACUCCUCCUGACCAGACCACACCUCUGUCCCUGAGUCGAUGGAAGCCAAAGCCAAGUCCGGGGCUCCGGUACCCAAGGCAGCAACCAAAGCAGAAAAGAAGGAGCCGGCAGUCCCACGCAAGGCUGAACCAGCCCCUGCAGCUCCUGCAGCCCCUGCAGCCCCAGAGCCGGAGCAUCCUCCUAUCCAAGAUGGGGCAGCAGAAGCUGAGGCAGCAGUGGCAAGUGAUGAGGCUGCAGCCUCCGGCACGGACUCUUUGGAACACCUGAAACCCUUUCUCAUUGGUGGUGCCAUUAUUGCUGCAGGAGCCAUCUUGCUUGGAGUCGUGCUACUGGCUCGGAGAAAUUAAGACAAAAUCGUUCUCUCAAAAUAAAGUAUUUAUUGGGGUAUGAGUUAGAGUUGUGUUGCUGGGUGGUUUAAAGACAAUUAUGGGACAGAUGGGGGCUGGGGAGCCUGCUUUCACUUAGUAAAUCCAACCAUUUAAGUUUCAAUAAAGGCUGUAUAUGGAGCAUAGUUACAUAUAAUAUAUGCAUGAAGUAGCUUCAAUACUGCAUCUGAACUGUAUAAUAAACAUUUAUUUAAAAAAAAAGUCACAUUCGUACUUAGCUAAAAGCAUAAACUCUCUAAAGGUAGCUACUUCAACUGCUUUAUCUUGUUUAAUCUAAUUUGCACAAUUAUUAAUCAAAGUUUGCAAUAUAUGUACAUUGUUGCAUUGGAAAUCAGCCUGGUUCACUUUGCUAAAAGAUAGAGAUUCAUAAAGUUGAAACUUGACUUAGCCAUCAGAGUGGUUCUAAGGUUUGUUUUCCCUUUUAAAUGAGAGAUAUGAAAGAGUAGGUCUGAAAACAGAUGGUAAUAUGCUUUGUGACACAUUGCAUAUAUAUAUAGAGUAAAAUAGAGAACAGCAAAGUGAAAUUUACAUUUUUUUUUGUGUUGAAAAGAUGUAGUCAUUUACGAAUGGGAUGUAGCCGAUUGUAAGAGAUAACAUGUACAGUAUUUGUCAGAUAAUUACAAAGUGAAGUUACCUAUUGCUCUAGAAUAAGAACGUUUUAUUUUCCUUUCAAAUGAUGUUACAAAUCAAUAACCUUUCACGUCUGACACACAAUCCACAGUGGUGCUCUUUCAAUCGUACAGUAGAUAGCUGUAGCAGGCUGAACAGCCAUUAGUAUUGCAUUACUAGGUUUAAAGCCUGCUAUCAAAAAUUGGAGUUAUUUGUGUCCAACCCUUAUUCAUAACCAUGUUCAACUUUAUUGUUAAGAGAGUGCUCUAGAUUGUUAAUAAAAUGGAGGGGGGGGGGGGGGGACUAGAUGAACUAAUGUUGUAGAGUAUACCUUAAAGAAGUCACACUGUUGCAGGAAGCUCUCAUCUGUACAGCUGUCACAAUAUAGUGUCCACUCAGAUGUAAAGCUCUUGAGUCUGUCCCUGUUCCAUACGUAGAUGGCAGAAAAGAAAAACACUACUUACCAUUAUUUGAUUUUAAUUGUGGGCACUUUUACAACACUGGCUCGCCAAAAACUCUUGUUAGAAUAUAUCUCAUUCACCACAGUCAACACCACAGUCAACACCCCAAACACAUCAAAAAGAUGGUAUGCCAACACCAAAACAAACUUCACAUUACAUUGAACAAGGCAGUGUACCAAAAAAAGAGAAAUCCUAUUUUCAUAAUUUCAACAGCGUAUAAAUGCAAUAAUUCAGAUAGGACUCCUCAUUUAGCACAUGGGCUGUAGAAAGUUAAAUUACAUAAAUGAUAAUGUGAUAAUAUUGUUGGUGAUGAUUAUGUACGAAGUUAGUGAUGGCAAUGAUGGUGAUGUUACACAUAAAGAUGAUGGCAAUGAUUAUGUUUUUCAUGGUGACUGUGAUAACAAUGCUUAUGAUAUAUUUUUUAUAUAUUUCUAACAUAUUUUCUUUUUGCACACUCCCCUCUGCCCCCAAUCUCCUAAAUGUAAAAGGGGUCUUAAUCCAAUCUUUAUUAAAGACAGUGAACCAGCCAA